GAUCGACCAUUGCAUCCGAGCCAGUCCGUCAGUCAUUAUUUCAGUCAUCUCUUUAAUCAUGCGGUUGUUGCUUUUGUUCUGGAAGCGUGGAAAUUGGGCAGCAUCUCCUUUGCACACAUUCACACCUUGUCUCAUAGUGUCAUCGUGCCAUUGUUUCUUUUUUUUUUUUUUUCGUCCUGCGUCUGCCAUGGUGUUUGUUAUGUGUGUGUGUACAGCGAAAUCUUCUUUUUUCUCUUUCUUUCUUUUUUCUAGAAGUGGUACACAUGGAGUGAUGUUGUGGACCGCUCUUCUCCUAGUGUUGACUGGUACUGGUGAAGCAAUGCAAUAGUUCGCCUGAGCUCAUAUCAUACUGUCAUGCGUAGAUCUUUAUAAUUUAUUGUAUUCGAUAGAGGGUGGCGGGUCAGUGUUUCUCCUGGCUCACUUCUAGUUAUA